ACUACCACCGCGGGCCGGGGCCGGGGAGUGCGGAGAGGGUCUCAAAAAGAACAAAAACGAGUUUGUUGCUUGGUUUGCUGCAUGAACACAUGGAGUGCAGAGCGCCGACAAGGGGUGCCUCACGACAAAUUAAUGUAACCGAAUGUCUCUUAAAAAUGUUCAUACUGAACUGAAGUUUUCUUAAUCUGAAAGCUGAAGAAAGAGUGACAACACUAGUCAGGAUGGCUGGUGUAAAUACCAGGGUGGUACAGGCGACAAACAUUUCCCCAGUGGCAACCGUGCAACAACUGCAAACGUUGUUUGGGUAUCUGGGCAAAAUUGAAGAGCUAAGACUUUUUCCAAAGGAGGACUCUGUUUUGCCUGUAACAACUCGAGUGUGUUUCAUAGUGUAUGAAGAUUCAUCAAGUGUAGGAGUAGCACAACAUCUUACAAAUACAGUGUUCAUUGAUAGAGCACUUGUAAUUGUUGCUGUUCCAGAAGGCAAGAUACCUGAUGAACACCAGGCUUUACAGCUGACAAACUCUCAAGGAAAUGGAGCGUCCUCCGGAUUGAUGCCUGCUCCAGGAAGUGGCCUACUACCUACACCACCACAACCACUCAUGUCUCAGAUCCCUGACCUGAAUUCCCUGACUGCAUUAACAGCCUCCCAGUCUACAACUUCACCAGCUAUCCUGGGAAUGGAUCCAACCUUCGCUGCUUUAGGACUACCCCAGCCCCCUCCACUUAAUAACGUUGAUCCUACAAAGAUCGAAGAAAUUCGUAGGACUGUUUAUGUUGGCAAUCUUGAUUCAGGCGUGAGUUCGACCGUAACAGCAGAACAGCUUUUGAGUUUUUUCCAACACGUUGGUGAAGUGAAGUAUGUUCGCAUGGCUGGUGAUGAGACCCAGCCGACUCGCUUUGCGUUUGUGGAGUUUACCGAUACCGGCUCCGUGGCUAAGGCCUUGGCUUACAAUGGUGUGAUGUUCGCAGGAAGGCCACUUAAGAUAAAUCAUUCCAAUAAUGCCAUCGUCAAACCCCCUGCCAAAACUGCUGAAGUCGCUCAGAGAGAAUUGGCCGAAACUAUGAAGCAAGUUCGAGAUGCACAAGCUCUUAUUCAAAAAGCUAUAGAACCAGAGGAUUUAGAAAAAGAAAAAGAAAAAGAGGAAAAGAGAAAGCGCAGUAAGUCACGUUCACGUAGUCGUCACCGCACCAGAUCUCGAUCUCGCUCACGUCGUCGAAGGUCCCGCUCACCGAGACGAUCUUCUAGAAGAUCCCGGUCUCGCGGUCGACGAUCACGUUCCCGCACUCCUCCAAGAAGACGUUCGCGCACACCGCCAAGAAGACGAUCACCGAGAAGAUCUCCAAGACGUUCACCUCCGAGACGUAGGACAAGGUCUCGUACUCCACCAAGACGUAAGAAGAGUAGAGAACGAUCACGCAGCAGAGACAGGCGAUCAAGAUCAAGGGACCGUCGUCAUCGCUCCAAGACUCCACCUAAGAGUUAUCGAGCAUCCAGGACAUCACGAAGUAGGAGCAGGAGUCCCCCACCAGUUCCAGCAUCCCGCUCAAGACAUCGUACCAAAUCACUUUCUCGAUCACGUUCCAAGUCGCCUUCUAAAUCAAGAUCGAGGUCAAGAUCUGGAUCUCCUAGAAGAAGCAAGCAUAAGAAGGACAAGAAAGGGAGAGAGCAUGAGAGAAGCAAAGACCGAGACAGCCGCAGCAGCAGGAAACACAAGAAGGACAGAGACAGGGAUCGCGAACGAGACAGAGAUCGUAGAAAGGAUCGCAGCCGCGAUCGAGGAAGAGAUCGUAGUCGCGAUAAAGAUCGAGACGGCGAACAUAAAGAAAAAGACAAGAAAAAUAUCAAAGUCAAGCGUGAUUACGACGAGGAAGAGAAAGGUUAUGAUAGUGACAAGGUCAAGGGGUCAGGUUCAUCUAGUGAGGGUGAUGACGAUAAGGGUGGGAUGAAAAUCCAGGUCGUAAUGGGGGAAGGAAGUCACUCUGGUGGGACCGUAGACGUAGAUACUAAUGUUCAAGAUAUGGACAUGGAUGUGGAAUCUGAUUAGAACACUGUUACUGAGUGUGUAGGUUUCUUGUAAUUUGUACACUUUUAUAAGUCUUAGAAUGAUAGGUAAAUUUUGUUUGAUUCAAUUUGUCAAAGACCUUUUUGUUCGCUUAAAGUUGUUUUUCUGGUGAAGAAGAGAACUGCAUUUCUAUUAGGAUUUGUAAAUCCAUUGUACUGUUGGUUAAGUCAAUAAAUCAUGCAUGGGAUUGUGCUAUAUGUUAUGUUUGUUCCUAUUUCAGGCUCAAAAACAGGCAUACAUUCUUGUUGUUAACUUAAAAAAAAUGAGUUAUGGCUUUUACCAAUCCAGAUUUAGAUGCAGUACAUGUUUAUGUUACUGAAUAAUAAUCGCUCACACUUAAGUUGGUUACAUUUUUGCAAUGCUUUUGCGAUUUUCUGUGUAGAAAUCAAGCUUUCCCCGUUUAACCAAAAGCCCUUGUAGCUGGGUGAGAUUGUCUGCUGAGAUAGUUGGAGGAAAUUUGUUUUCAUUCCAGAUACAUUUAUUUCAUGUCAACAUCAAUCAAUACAUAGUGUAAUAACAUUGCUCAGUUAAACAUGUACACUGUAACUUGCACACAUGAAAACUUUCUCUAGUUAUUGAAAAGUAAAUGAAUAGAUACUAAUUUGACAUUUACAUGUAGGAAAAAGGAAAAGCAAAUGCUUUUUGUUCCCCUUCUUUAUAAAGACAAAAGUAACGAAUACAAGGAAAAUGGUACCCUCAUUGCCCAUGUUCUACUGUGUGUUGGGAGUUGCCUUUGGGUAUUUUGGUUUCUACAUGACUUUAAUACAUGUACAUAGAGAUAACACAUCUGGUUAAUGUCAUUUUGUUUUAAUGUUUUAAUAUAGAUCGUAUCAAAAUAACCACUUUGAUGAUAUCAAAGUUGCCAUCUUGUAGGGCAGACAGUAUGCGGGUCUAAACGCAUACAUCAAGGAAGCAUGCAGCGUUCUCGGUUUGAUUUCUAUGGCACACGGAUGCAUACGCUAACAUACGCCAUGUUGUAGGGCAGGUAUUUGAAUGGUGAUGUCAUAUUCAAUUAGUCUAUUCAAAGAUUUUUUCCCGUCUUUAAUUGCAUAUGAUAUUCAAGUUGAAAAGACCUUGACUAUUAAAGACGUUGGUUUUACUUUGGAAAUAUACGUAGUAAGUUCAAAAAUGUGUUGACAGUUUAAGUAAAAGUACUUUCUUCAAAACAAACAAUCUUCUUUCUUUAUUGCAAAGCAUGCACUGGUAUUUGUUUAAAGCAAAAACUCCUGUAGUCAGACUUGACGUAAAAGACUCAACCUUAACGGUAUUUAAACACUUCGGAAUAACCUCGUUAUAUUGUGAGUUUUUCUUAGUGGUAUAAUAUGUUUGCAAAUCACUUUUUGUAUUGUUAUUCUUUGUAAUGUUUAAGCCUGUUACAGAUUGGAAUGUAGAUUGGAAUGUAGCUUAGGAAAGUUAAUAAAAUAAAAUAAAUGUUUCUUUGCCCACGAAUGUGAAAA